AUGUCACCAAAAUUCAAUUCCUCGAAGGUGAAGUCAGAGCGGCGAAUUUUCAGUUGGAUUAAAAUGUUGUUUGUUGGACAUUUAUCCUAUUCAAUUGAACAAAGAAAUCUAGAAAAUGUCGUUAUUAAGAAGCUUAAUAGGACCAUGGUUGAAGACAAACAGUUAUAUGUUGGUAAGUUUGUCAAGAAGACUGAUCUAAUUUUGCCCAAUUCUAUUGCGAAAUAUACCAAUUUGUACUUUAAGAACUUAGACACUGACAUCUCAGAGGAGCAUUUUAAAGAAAAGUUCUUCAGAUUUAGAAGCAUAAGUAGCUUGGCCAUUUCAAAAGAUGAAAGUGGAACUUCAAAAGGUUUUGAAUUUGUGAACUUUGAUGAUCCUGAUGAUGCUAGGAAAGCAGUGGAGGCUAUGAAUGGAUCACCCGUUGAUUCCAAGACCUUGUACGUCGCUAGAGCACACAAAAAAGAUUUAAAUGUGUAUGUCAAGAAUAUUGAAGACGAUAUUUCAGAUAAUGAGUUGCGCGAACUAUUUAGUCAAUACGGUACAAUCACUUCGACGAAAAUCAUGCGAGAUGAGAAAGGUGUGACCAAAGGUUUUGUAUUUACAGAGAUGACGAUUGAUCAGCCGCAGUACCUCUCUGUCGCUCAUAAGGUAGAUGCCAACUUCAUGGUUAGAACUACCCAGAAUCGAGAUCUUUUAGCAUAUUAA